AUGAGAAAUUUAUUAAAGAGAGCUGAUAUGCUUGUAACUCCUUAUGAAUUCAAUGUCAAUUAAAGGCAAAAAUCAUUAACAGUAAUUGGUAUAUAUAAUUUGUUAUUCAAGGUGGAGUACUUACAAUAUUAGUUGGAAUAUUUAGUAUAUUUUAUAUGGCUGGAGUCAUUUAAAAAGCACUUUCAGAUUAAGAAACUGUCUAUGUUGGUACAUAGAAUACAAUAUUGAAUUAAACAUAUAUUAAUAGCAAUAACACUAUAUUUGCAUUAGAGGUUUCUGAUUAUAAUGGAAAUAUAUUUGAAAACAUUUCAGAAAUUUAAUAGUAUAUUAAGUUAAUAUUAGAUAUAUUCAAAUAAAUGUUUAGUAUGUAGAAUAAAAGAGAGAUGCUUCUAAAGUAGGAUAUGAAAGAAAUUCAACUAAUUUAAUAUUGAAAAAGUGUGAAACUACCACAGUUGAAAAAUUUAAUUUUGAUGUAAUAACUAUCUCAAAUUCCUAAAAAUCAAAUCUUUAUUGUGCAGAUGGAUAGUAUACAAUCACAGGAUAAUAUUUUGAUGCAUUCUUUUCAUAUUUAAAAAUUUAAGUUAAAUCAUGCAAAAAUAUAACAAAUUAGACUUGUAAAUCUUAAGAUGAAAUCUAAUAAUUUAUAAAAAGCGGGUAGAAUAUUUAUUAAUUAUUUUAGAAUUAAUUUAGAUUUAUUUGUAAAAGGAUCAAGACUUAGAUAAUAAUUUAAUCUUUCAUCUCCUAUAGAAGCAUAUCCUACUAAUAUCUUUUGGAAAUUAGUGCUUGGAAUGUCAAACAAUGAAGAUAUUUUUAUUAUGCCAUUUUCAAUGGAUUUAAGUAAUAUAUAUAUCAAUUAUAAGAAAGUAAUUCAAUAUUUUAUGAUUUAAUGAAUAUAAAAUUGGAAGAAACAUUAUUCUAAACUACUACUUUUCAUAAAUAAGAAAGAAGAUUAGAACCAAUAGAAUUUAUAGAAGGAUCCACAUUAUGUUCUUUUUAUAUAAGAUCAUCACCUGACAAUUAAUAUUAUUUUAUAACUCAAUCAGACCUCUUUACUAUUUUUAGUUCUUCAUUAUCUGAAGCUACAGCUCUAGCAGUAGCCAUAAUGAGUUUUCUGAAGAUCUUUUAUCAUAGUUAUAAUCAACACAAAACAUUUGCAGUUCUUAUGAAUUCUGUCUUUAAAUUUGAUUUAGAAAGUGUAAAAAAAAAGAGAUAAUCUUCAAUUUAUUAAUCAGAAUAAUCAGGGACUGUAUUUUAAUAAAGAACUUCAACUACUCCAAUUAAAUCAGGAUAAUUAUAACAAGUAUAAGUAUAAUUAUAAUUUAGAUAUUAAAUUUUGAAAUAUCCUAUUCAUUUAUUUAAUACAUAAAGUAUUUAAUUUACAAAUGGUUCAGAUCAAUAUAACGUUAAAAUUUCUUUAAAACAGAAAAAGAGAUCAUUAUAUCUUAAAUUGCAAAAUCAAAAAUUUAAUAUGAUUUAGAUCUAACUAAUAUUCUUAAGAAACUUUAUGAAAUUGACUGUUUAAAAUUAUUCUUUUUUGAUGAUGAUUAAUUAGUGUUAUUUAAUACAUUCUGUUCUCCUGUUUUUUAAGAUGGAAUGGCUAAUUAAAAAGAUUUAUUUGAUAUUCUGACAAAUUAAUAAUAAUAAUAAAAGAAACUAUUAUCUAAUUCAUAAUUAUCUGAAAAAGAUAAAAGAUUAGAUUUAACUUUUGUUGCUAGUUCAGAGAGUAUAUAUUUAAAUACAAUUUUUAGUACCAAUAAAUGUUCGUUUAGCAAAAGUAGCUAGAUUUUUUAAAGCUUAACUAGGAGCUUCAAAUGCAGAAGGAUUAGUUAGAACCUUUUAAAGAAUUAAUGAGAAUUUAAAUCAAAAUUCAUCAUUGAAUUAAAAAUUAUUAAGCUUUACAAAAUAGAAUUCUAGUCUAUUUCGUUUGGUUUAGAGUCAAUAUGAGAGUAUUUAACAAAAGCAACCAUAAAAUCAAAUUCCAGAUGAAAUUAAUAGUUAAGAUAAAUAAAAUUCAGGUGGAAAAGAUUCAGCUUGGAGUAUGGAAGUUUAAAGUUAUUAAUUGGAGAGUGAAAAACGAUAAAAAGUAAUUGAAAUAUCAAAUUAAUAAUUGGAUUGA